CUUUUCCAUAUUCCUGUUGUCUUCCAUCUGGUCACUUCUUCAUACAUGGAGACAUUGCUCAGUGUGGACAUAGGCAGACUCACAACAAAAUACAGACAAAACCAAAAACAAAGAUAAACACAAGCGAAGAGUGGAAAAAAGUAAAAAAAAAAAAAAACAACUGACCAUAAAAACUGACUCCCAUUUUGAUCACAGUCAAGAUCGUAAGAUUUUAGAAAGUCUACUGAAGAUUUAAAGAGUUUUUGUCACGGACUUCUGGGGGGCUAAUCAAAGGCUCCACGCACAAUGUCUAGCCCUGAAGAAGAAGAGCUACCUGCCAAUCACACAGGUCCUAAAGGUGUGAUUAAUGACUGGCGAAGGUUCAGGUUGGACAGUGUGGAUCAGAGUGUACCUCAAAGCAAAAGGGAGCUGCUCAGACAAAUGUCCAGUCCACGAGAUGAUGACAAAGAAAGACUCAACAGAAAGAUGAGUGUUCAGGAGUAUGAACUGAUCCAAAAUGAGGAUGAACGCUGCUUGAAGCGCUACAGGAAACAGUGUAUGCAGGAUAUGCAUGAGCGGCUGAGUUUUGGUCCCAAGUUUGAUGCAGUCCAUGAGCUGGAGAGUGGAGAAGCCUUUCUGGAUGUGAUAGAGAAAGAACAUCGGCUAACCUUGGUUGUGGUCCACAUCUACCAACAUGGUGUCAAAGGCUGUGAGGAGCUGAACUCCUGUCUGGACUGUCUGGCUACAGAGUAUUCUAGCGUCAAGUUCUGUCGUAUUGAUGCUGUGGCCACGGGCGCUGCCGAACGCUUCUCCUCUGAGGUUCUUCCUGCUCUGCUGGUAUACAAGGCUGGUGAGUUACUGGGUAAUUUCCUGUCUGUCACCAAACAUCUCAGUGAAGACUUCUUUGCUACGGAUGUGGAAGCAUUUCUCAAUGAGUAUGGCCUCUUACCUGAGCGGGAAUUCACAGCAUGCCCCGAUGAGGAUGAGGGGCCAGGGGAGGUGGAGUAAGAGGAGAGGAGAGAAGAGGACGGUAGGGCGAGAGGGAGCAGAGGAGUAGUAGACGACACAUGAGCUGGAAGAGAGAAAGAAAGGAGAGAAGGAGAAGUGGAAGAAGAAAAAAGCACAAGAGGAGACAGGAGGACAGGAAGACAAGAGCAAAUCAGAGGAAAACAAUAUGAUGAUCUUCAGAGAGAGGAGGAGUUAGUUAAUUUUCCUCAUCAUACAGCAUUCCAGUCAUGUCUCUCUCUCUCUCUCUCUCUCUCUCUCUCUCUCUCUCUCUCUCUCACACACACACACACACACACACACACACACACAUUCAACAGAGAAAGUGAGAGAAGGGAAAUGUGAUUGAAAUUGUGUGAAGAAAUUGUAGACAUUUACAGGUAAACAUAGAAGUUCCUACAUUAGUAAUACAAACCAACCCGUACACAAAGCUGUAUUCAGACGUAAUUAGGCAUAAACCGCAAACUCUGAGAAAGUCUGUUCUGAAAUACACAAUCACAGCUCUUCAAUAAAUGUUCCCCAUAUAAAAUGUU